CAAGAACAAGAAGACGAACCUUAAUCAUGACGGUGGUCUGCCUCUCUCCUCCCGAGAUUCAUCCAUAUACGGCUAAAGGGAUUGCGUUCCUGAAGCGGGAAAGAGUUUCCAUAGGAGGGAGAAGAAUCUCUUUGAAGGAGGAGGGGUCCGUUCGAGCUUCCUGCCGCGGAUCUCCUCCACGACUCUUUGCAAGAACCCCACCAUGGCCCGACUCAGCCUUGCCCUCGCCCUCACUGUGCUCGCCGCCGUCCAGACGGCUCUGGCCUUUGACAACAAGAUCUUCCUGAUCCGGCAUGGAGAGAAGCCGUCGGACGACGACCAAGUUGGGCUGAGCUCGGCGGGCAUGCAGCGUGCCCAGUGCCUGCGCAACGUCUUUGGCGCCUCGUCGGGCUACAACAUCGGCAAGAUCCUCACGCAGGACUACAAGUCCGACGGCUCCCGCGAGAGGCCCUACGACACCGUGGCGCCCCUGGCGGGCGACCUGGGCCUGACGAUCGACCACCACUGCGACCGCGACGACCCCGACUGCGCAAAGGACGCCGUCGACGACUACGCAGACAGCAACUCGGGCAACGUACUCAUCUGCUGGGAGCACGACGCCCUCGACGACAUUGCAAAGGCGCUGGGCGACAAGAUCAACUACCCCAGCGAUCACUUCGACUACAUCUACGAGAUUGUCGACGAGAAGCUCACGUCCAACUCGCCCUACUCGGAGAACUGCCCCGGCCUCGACAACUGAUGCGCAGGAGUGACACACUCUCUUGUUCCGCUUGCUUGCCAUGACUAGACAAGUGCAUGUAUAUGGCAAAUGAUUACAUCU